AUCCCUAUUGUUGGGAUGGGAGGAAUGGGAAAAACAACUCUGGCUCAAUUGGCUUUUAACGAUGAAAAUGUUAAAGCUUGUUUUGAUAUCAAAAUAUGGGUUUGUGUUUCGGACCCUUUUGAUGAGAUCAAAACUGCCAAAGCCAUCAUUUCUGGCGCCAAAGGUGUCAGCCCAAAUUCAACUACUUUGCAAGAUUUGUUUCAGUGUAUGUCUGAAUCCAUUAAGGGAAAGAAGUUUCUCCUUGUCCUAGACGAUGUGUGGACUGAAGACCAAAGAAAGUGGGAGAAAUUGAAGUUGCCAUUAAUACAAAGUGGCGCCCGUGGCAGUAGAAUAUUGGUGACAACUCGAAAACAAGAGGUUGCUGUUAUGAUGGGAGCUACCACUCACAUGAUCCAUUUGGAGAGGUUGAGUGAACAAAAUUGUUUGUCAAUAUUCAACUGCAUGGCAUUUUUUAAUAGGGAAAAUGAUAGUGUGUUGAGAGCCAUUGGUGAAGAAAUUGCAAAAAAGUGCAAGGGUUUGCCUCUUGCUGCAAAGAUUCUGGGCAGUCUCAUGCGUUAUAAGCAAACGAGGAAAGAAUGGCAAGAAGUUUUGAACAGUAAGAUAUGGGAGCUAGAAGAGGUUGAGCAACAAGUUUUCCAACCGCUAUUAUCGAGUUAUUUUGAUUUGGCACCUGCGGUCAAACGAUGCCUUUUAUAUUGUGCUAUUUUUCCAAAAGAUCAUCAGAUUGAUAAAGAUCAUUUGAUUGAGUUAUGGAUGUCACAAGAUUAUCUCUAUUCAAAAGGAAACAUAGAGAAGAAAAUAAUUGGCCAAAGGCUUUUUGAUAAUUUAAUAAUGCGAUCUUUCUUCCAAGACUUUGAAGAAGACGACGUUGGAAAUAUCUGGAAGUGUAAAAUGCAUGAUAUUGUGCACGACUUUCUACUGUUUCUUAAUCAAAACGAAUGCUUUACAAUGGAGGUUAAGGGUGGUAACUAUACAACAGAGACCUUGAGUGAUAAGAUUAGCCAUUUGACCUUAGUGCUUGCACCUGAAGGUCCACUCUCAUGUGUUUCGUUUUCCGGUUGCAAAAGAUCUGCGUACUCUUGCAACUUUUGAUUCAAAAUUUAAUGUUGUGGACUCAACUUUGAUAUUGCAGUUGA